AUGCAUAUUGAGAAGAACUUUUUUGACAAUCUCAUGAACACGAUCCUUAACGUUCAAGGUAAAACAAAGGAUAAUUUGAAGUCAAGACUGGAUUUAGUUGAUAUAUGUGAUCGUUCAGAACUUCAUGUUGAUGAGAAUGGUAGGGCUCCUUUUCCCAUAUACCGACUUGAUGCAGAGGGAAAAAAUGCGUUCUUUGAUUGGAUUUCAAACGAUGUGGAGUUUCCAGACGCGCUCCUUCCGUUUGCUUUCAAGGAACUAUUACCACGAAAUGUUCAUGAAGCAAUUGCAGGGAUAAGUGCUUUCUUCCGCGAUUUAUGCACGAGAUCAGUGACUCUUGAAGGUAUUGAAAAUCUGAAGACUAACAUAGCCGUGAUUCAGUGCAACCUUGAGAAGAUAUUUCCUCCUCAUUUUUUGAUGUUAUGGAGCAUCUUGUUAUUCACCUGGAUUUUCAUGGCAGAAAAGCGGUUCGAAUAUAGAUACGCUACAGAGGCAGAACUAGAAGAAAUGAAGCAAAGAGAAUUUGCUGGAUGGAUGUUUACUUAUGUGUCUGCUGGUUUGGCCAGAGGUGAAACAUUUGACGAUUGGAUACGCGAGAUGAUCGGUGUGAGAACAGAUGCAUUUGGUGUUACAUCAGCAAAUUCGAGACGAAAGCUGCAAUAUUAUGAUCCUUUCAUUCUUGCUUCUCAGGCCGAUCAGGUUUGUUAUAUCAAGUACCCCCGGAUAAGGAACAGAGAUGAUCCAUGGGUUACUCGAGAAGAUGUGGCGAGGGUUGGCCUUGUAGUAAUUUCACCGACCCGAGAGGAAGCCGUCGUUCACGCACGGAUGAACCAGAGAUUGGAGAGUUUCACCAAGAUCCAGAUUCAGAUUCAUGAUGAUGAUGAAACGGAAUCAGAAGUUGCGGAGUUUGUUCGACACCAGGGUCGUGACCAUCUUCCAUAUCUCACUCAGUAUCCACGUGGACAGGGUCAGACAUGGUUCGACCGAUCCGGGAACGGGAUCAGCGGAUGGAUCAACCGUAUGAUGUACUCGUCCCUCGACAAUGGACAUCCGACUUUCACCGACUUCCCUCUCGAGAAGCAGCAUAUGUGGUUUCAACAGUUUGCGCAAGAAUUCAACUGGAAUGCCGAUGAUACGUUGUUUAUCUAUUACCACUUCGUCCAUAAAGUUAUGGACAACUAUGGGAAGCAGAUGCACUCGUGGAAGAAGAAGUGGGAAAUAAACAAGGUUCCAAAGGGGAUGGACCCCGACGUCUGGCGGGAGUUGGGUGUGCAUUGGAGUAAGAACGAAGUGAGAGCAACUUCUUCCACCAACUCCACCAACCGCAAGAGCGACCGUAAGGGGAAGGGCAUGUACGUCCAUAACUUGGGUGCUCAAUCUUUAGCCAGUCUGGGAGAUCGCUUGGCGGAAGAAAAUGAGGGGGAGCCGGUUGAUCAUCUCCGCCUAAUAAAGACGGCGUAUACCAACAAGAAGACCGGCGAGAUUGAUGAUGGUGUUGUGAGGGAUGUGGUCACCCUCAUCGACAGUCAGAUGGAACAGGAAGUGUCUCAGCUUCAAACCGAGGAUGACGAUUCGACGGGAUCGACCGGCUCGCCUCGGGUUCGGAUCAACCAAAUCGUUGAAGCGUCGGUUCCAAAGAAGAAGGGCCGUUUGUUCGGUUUGGCUCGUCGGUCUCCCUCGGUUCCGUCUGCUUCUGCACCACCACCGUCCUGUGUUGAUCAAGAAGUCCUUCUGAGUCAGAUGAGGGACAAGGAUGCUCGCAUAUCUGCGUUGGAGUCCAUGGUGGCGAGUCAAGAGGCGGGCUGGGAGGCACAGAGGAAGUUGAACGAGCAAAUGAUGGCGAUGAUGAGGAGCAUGAACCCGAACGCCAACGUGGACUUCCCGACCAUGCCAGACCCGGACUUCCAAAACCCCGUAGUUUAA